CUCAACCUCAUUCGUGUCGACUGCACAGAGUCCACGAACAUAACCUUCCAAAAGCUCUCCAGCACAAGGAUAUAGGACAUAUUACAAUCUAACAAAAGAGAGGAAGAGAUAAAGUGCAUUCCAGGGUCUCUCUGCUGAAACAUGUCCCUCUAUAGCUUUGGAUUGGAGCCUCUGUCCUGUCAUGCCUGGAACAAAGACCGGACACAAAUCGCAAUAAGCCCCAACAGCAAUGUUGUGCACAUUUACCAAAAGCAAGGAAAGGAAUGGACUAAGAUUCAUGAACUGACAGAACACAGCGGCAGAAUCACAGGGAUUGAUUGGGCCCCAGAGUCCAACCGUAUCGUGACAUGUGCCUCAGAUAGGAAUGCCUAUGUAUGGACGCUUAAGGACGGGGUUUGGAAGCCAACACUGGUUCUGGUUCGCAUUAAUCGAGCUGCCACAUGUGUCAAGUGGUCACCUCUUGAGAACAAGUUUGCUCUUGGAAGUGGGGCCAAACUUAUUUCAGUGUGCUAUUUCGAAAAAGAAAAUGACUGGUGGCUGAGUAAGCAUAUCAAGAAGCCCAUUAACUCCACCGUUCUGAGUCUAGACUGGCAUCCCAACAACAUACUGCUGGCAGCCGGCUCUGCUGACCUCCACUGCAGAAUUUUUUCUGCAUAUAUCAAGGACAUUGAGGACAAGCCUGGGCCAACACCCUGGGGAUCCAAAAUGCCCUUUGGAGAGGUGCUUCUGGAGUAUAAAGAGUGCGGUGGCUGGGUGCACAGUGUCUGUUUUUCUCCAUCUGGUGAUGCUCUGGCCUGGGUUAGCCACAACAGCGCCAUCAGUGUAGCAAAUGCCACACAGGGAAAAGAGGUUACUCAGCUGACAACAGGACAUCUUCCAUUGCUGAGCGUGCUGUAUGUCAGUGAGACUGAGAUUGUAGCUGCAGGCCACGACUGUUGCCCUUAUCAGUUCUCAUACAAGGGUCCUGGAUGCUUGGAGUUUGUGAAGAAAGUGGACAUUCCCAAGCAGAGCUCCAAGGGCAACAAGUCUGCCAUGCAACAUUUCCGUAAUCUGGACAAAAAAGCGACUGCUGAGGAGGAAGAAAGCGAGUUGGCCUGUCUGCACCAGAACAGCAUCACUGAGCUAUGUGUUCUGGAAGGGCCGAAAGCCAAGGUGGAGAAAUUCAGCAGUGUGGGAUUAGAUGGUGCCAUGGUGGUCUGGGAUUUCAAGCACUGAAACUCCAUGGGAUAGAAAAAGAGCAGAAGACAGUAAUGACCAGGGACCAUCUUUUUAAUUUUGUUUGUUUUCUCAGACACUUUUUUUACCCUUCAGUACAAAUGUUACACUUUAAAGUAAUUAAACCCUAUUGAUUUUAUUAUGAUGUACUGUGGUGGCGUGGCCGAUCCCUAAUGUGUGGUAUGCACAUGGAAUAUUUUUUAUCAUGCAGUAUUAAUUCAUCUUACUAGAGAAUAUUUCAAAGUAGUCUAUUUAGACAUAAGCAAAUUAUUAUUUAGCACAAAAAAAGAGAAUUGUAUGUAAUGACUAUCAUAAAUGCAAACUUUUUUAUUCCAAAUGUGCUGCUAAUGUAAUAAAAAGCUGUCAAUUUUUACUUGUUAUGCAUGUUAAGCAUCAAAUAAAUGAACAAAUCAUAAUUAAUA